AAUUUUACAUACACAAUUUCUUUGGAUCUUUCAACGCAAAUUUACAAUACAAAAAUAGUUUUUUGUUGUGCAUAUAUACAUAUGACGGGCGUCAAAUGAGAGAGAAAUUGAAGCGCAUUCAAGAAAAAAAAGAAAAAAAUGAACUCAAAUGUGCGUAUUUGCUCUCUGUGAACGGCUCAAUUUAGCGAAAGAAGAGACAUAUACACAAAAAUAUCACUGGCAAGCAAAUUAAAACAAAAAAAAACAAACCUAAAACAUCGACGACCGAGCAGAGUGAAACGAACAAGAGAAUCAAAGUCACAGCGCAGAGACAAUAAGCGCGAAUAAAAAGCUCCGUAAUUCAUUAGCAUAUUCGCAUCGAACAUACAUAACAUAUAUUCAACACACAAUACACACAUUCGCCGAUGUACGAUGUUAUUCAUUUAAUAACUUAAUAUUUCCUACGAGGAUUAUUAAUUGAGACAGAGAGACUUAUUUCACGUGUAGACGGACGCAUUCUUUAUAUUUUCUCAUAUUCUUGAACCGUUUACGAGAAACUGAGCGCGCGAGGAGAAACAACAACGGCCACAACGACAACGGCAACAACAAAGUGUUAUAUGUUCUUGUGUAUAUGGAAUUGUAAACGGUUCGGCUCUGGCGUGGUUCUUUUCCGUUUCGAUUGUGUGUUGCUUUUUUUUUGUCAGCAUUUUUUCGUUGUUUGCGCUGCUGUUAAACGUUCAACAAAAUUUAUAAUUUACUUUGUCGGCUUUGCAUUGACCACAAUCGACAAAUCAAUUCAAUCGACCGCUAUCUAAAGGAUUCAAUUAACUUUGUGAUUCAUGUCAAUAAUUUACUGCCAUUUUGGUCUAAUGUACAACAUUUAUUUUGUGUAUCACAUGUACGGCCAAUUUAUAUAGGCGUCACAGUGCCACAUACUCGAUCGACUUUUUAUUCCUCGACUACGCUUACGUUAGCAUAACAAAAAUCGACGUUAAGCGAAGCAAAAACACACAUGACACAUCAGAAAAAAUGAUGCCAAAAAUCAUAAGUACCCUGAUGAAAUGCAACAAAAAUCGUUUUUAAGUGAAUAUUGACGAGCAUUUUUGACGUGUUUUUGUUGACUAUAAUCUAAGCAAUGCGAAGUAAAUGUAAAAGGUGCACAUACUUUUCAACAAAACUAAAACCGAUAAAGUGAUUCAUCAUUCUGAGAAUAACAAUGUGAUAUCAAAAUAAACGGAAACCGAAACAUACAUACAAGAAAGAAGAAGAACUUUACAAAAUUAUUUCGAUGUUUAAAACGAACAAAAUUUGAAAAUAACAUUACGACCGAUUACAUCGAACCUAGAUAGACUGACAUUUAAAAUUUUUACAAUCAGUUAAGUGCACUUCAGAAUAAGCAAAAAAAAAGAAGAAGAAGAAGAAGAGAGAAGAAAGAAACGUGAAAGCCCAAAAGAAAAUCAUCACCGCUUCUCGACACUCAAAAGUUGAGGAUAAAAAAAAUAUGCCAUUGUCGAUUGCUUGAUGAAUUCGGGUAGAUUCAGUUUAGCGUAUUGUUUUUUAUGUGCUUAGUAUGUUACCAACUGGACCAGCAUCUGCACAGCAACCACCGUUAAUUGAUGGUCAGCCGUUGCAUCGUCCUUACGCAAUGGGAAGUCACAAUCAAUUACCACAUUUACACCAUCAUUCACCUCCAUCACUGCAGACACAUGAUUCAUCGAGUGCUCGCUAUUUAUGGGAUCCGUCGGCUGUAGCUGCAUCAAAUUUUCAUCAUCCGUCGGCGCAUGGAAUAAUCAGUUCAUCUGAAUUGCAAUUCUUUGCGUCACGUCAUGCAGCAGCAAUAGCAGCUGUAGCAGCCGCCGCAUUGCCACCACCACCAUCGAGUUCAACAAAUCCAAAUGGCGUUGGCCUAAGUAAUUCGGCAUCUGGACUAAAUGCACCGCCACCAGUACCCCCAACACAUCAACACGAUUUUCAUCCAGCCUAUCGCAUACCCGGUUACAUGGAACACUUGUAUUCGCUACAACAUGCUUCGGCCGCUUCGUCUAGUUCAUUGCACGGACUAAGUGCUGAAUAUUUGAAUGGUCGUGGUCCAUCAUUGAGCGAUAUUCACGGAGCUGUGAAUAGUUCGUUGGCUAGCGCUGAUUUUCAUUUUAGUUUGGAUGGUAGCAAUGGUCGACUUGGUAAUUCACGCGAUGCAGCCACAAAUGGUAUGCUUCGUGCAAGUGUCAAUCGAAAGCGUGCACUUUCUUCAUCACCAUAUUCAGAUUCGUUUGAUAUAAACACAAUGAUUCGAUUUUCACCGAAUUCAUUGGCCACCAUGGUGAAUGGUUCACGUAGUAGUAGCGCGGCCAGUGGAUCAUUUGGUCAUUUGUCAGCCGGUCUUGGAAUGCAUGCAGCUGCAGCGGCUGCAAGUAUGGCAGCUAGUAUAACGCCACAUAUUUUAUCGGCACAUCUAUUCCGAGCAAGCGGUCUUUUACACUCAUCAUUUCAACCAGGGCAUUAUCCACAUCAUCACACAUCGCCAACAUCUAGUAUGUUCUCAUUGGGACAUCAUCCGUUGCAAUCGCCAAUGGUUGCUUCACUACAACAUGGUGAAAAUUCAGCACUUUCGCAUCAUCAUGGUUUGCGACAUUCAUCGGUGUCACCGUCACGAAACCCAUUGCAAAAAACGAAUCACCAAAUUUCGAAUAUGAUUGUUGAUGACAAUCACAAUAACAAUGAUCGCAAUGAAAAUAACAACAUGUCAAAUACAAUUGAAAUGAAAAGUGUUGAAUUGACGAAGAAACAUGAUUUGGCAUCUGGCAUUGGUCUAAUGGCAUUCAAUAAUAAUAAUAAAAGUAAACAUGAAACACAUCUAAAUGAUAAUGGUAAAAUGAUUGUUGAAAAGAAUAAUAAUGAUGCAGCGAUCAAUAGUAAUAAUAAUAAUACAGUGGCUCAAGCUGAAGCCGACAGUGCAUCAGGCGGUUGCCUAACAUCCGAUGCAAUGGGAUUUCCGAAUUCGUCGGCAGCGAAUAAGAAAAUUGCCAUCGGAAAGCGAUCAAUUAAACGGGAAAAUGGCACUGGAAUGUUUGGUUUGGGUGCAACCGCAAAUCAUAUGUUGAACAGCAAUAAGACUGGUAAUUCGAAUGCAAAUAGCGGUGGAUCGUCGGGAAAUGAAAUCUCAGGCGCCGGUAUGGGCGAUGGUGUUGUUGAUACAACCGAUUUAAAAGACGAUGCUGAAAUGAUGGACUUUGUUGAAACGAAUUGUCAUUGGCGCGAUUGCGGAUUGGAAUUUGCUACACAAGAAAAACUUGUCAAACACAUUAGCGACGAUCACAUUCAUGCCAAUAAAAAAUCAUUUGUAUGCAGGUGGGAAGAUUGCUCACGCGAAGAAAAACCAUUCAAAGCUCAAUACAUGCUGGUCGUUCAUAUGCGAAGGCAUACCGGCGAAAAGCCACACAAAUGCACUUUUGAAGGAUGUUUCAAAGCAUAUUCACGUUUGGAAAAUUUGAAAACACAUUUGAGAUCGCACACAGGCGAAAAACCGUACACAUGCGAAUAUCCUGGCUGUAGUAAAGCAUUCAGCAACGCAUCUGAUCGUGCCAAACAUCAAAAUCGUACACACAGCAACGAGAAACCGUAUAUUUGCAAAGCACCUGGCUGUACGAAACGUUAUACGGAUCCAAGUUCCUUGCGAAAACAUGUGAAAACGGUACAUGGAGCUGAAUUUUAUGCAAGCAAACGUCACAAGGGAACACCAUCAAAUCACAAUAGUUUUGACGAUGGACACGGCGGUGUAUCAAAUGCAAGCGGUUUUGAUUCAAGUCCACGAAGUGAAGAUCAUCAAAGUGUUGCUGGUGGUAAAAAUACAAGCGUUUCAAGUCCAAGCAUCAAAUCCGAAUCGGAUGCACAUUCACCAGAUCAACCGAUCAAUAGUCCGAUGAGCGGUGGUGCAAUGCAACACAAUGCAACCGGUUUGAAUGAUGAAUAUGAAUACGUUCCAUCGUCGAUGGUGAUUAAUACCGGUGCAGUGCAUGGUGAAAGUGUUUCUGCUAUCGAUGAUCCAGCUUGGCCAUAUGAAGAUGAAGAUUUAGAGGUUGCCGAUUUGCCAAUUGUUCUACGCGAAAUGGUUGGUUUGAGUCCAGGAAUGGAGGAAAAUGAAAUGGGUUUUGGUCAAAUGGGCGACAGCGUUGUGACACCGGCUCCAAUGAUGGACCGUAAUCCACGCAAUCGAUUCAAACCUCGUUUGCAAGCCAAAGGGAUCUCAUCACUUUCGAAUAUACCUGAAAUCAAUCGACGCAACAUGCGACCGCUUGAAACGAACAAACGUAUUUCCGAUUUAAAAACCGAACCAAGUAUAACUCCGUUAGGAGGAACCGAACUACCGCCACGCUUACAAUUUCCACCAUCAACAACGAUCAAUCCAAAUGUAAACGCCAACGUUGUUCGUCGUGAUAGUAUUAGUUCGAAUGCAAGCAGCUUUUACUACAGCAUGAAAUCAGCCGACAUUAGUCGACGAAGUAGUCAAGCUUCACAACAUUCGACGAUGUUAUCGCCACCAUCGGCAUCCGUACAUCCAAUACGGCCAUCGAUGAAUGCAAAUAAUGCAAACUAUGCUAACUUUUAUGAUCCAAUUUCACCGGGUAGUUCAAGACGAUCAAGUGAAAUGUCAAACACAACCACUGGCGGUCAAUGUCUGAUACCACCGCCGCCAUCUUCUCAUCUGUUGACCACACAUUUGCAACGUUUGCAACAAAGUAGCUUUGCAAAUCCAUUGUACAACACAAAUCGUUUAUCGGUGCCAUCGAUUUCGACGAUUGGCAGUGAAUUAUCAUCGGUUCAUGAUAUCGGUGCACUUCACAUGAAUCCAUGUGUACCAGAUCGUCGUAUGUCGGAACCGGUCAAUUUCGGUGCCAAUGAAAAAUCACCACCACAAAGACCACGUUCACUAACACCAACCAAACUGACAAGCGAUACCAAUACACCAGCUGUUGCAACAGCAAUUAAUGUGGAACAACAUCCAAACCGUGAAGUUGAUUUGGACGAAGUUGAAGAAGGUGAAAUGGUCGAAGAUAAAUUAAUCAUACCCGAAGAGUUUAAAAAUUAUUUGAAUCAAGUGGCCGAUAAUGAGAUUGCUGCCAAUACAAAUGCAACAACAAAUAAUCCAAGUGCCAGUCCGAACAUUGCAAAUGGUGGAAAUGAGGAUAAACCAAACAAUGAACAGCCACAAAUGAUGCCAACCCGUAAUCCACGUAUGAAUGUAAAUGCAGACUUCAACCAAUGGCGAAAUCCACAAACUUAUCAAAUGCCAAGUCCAUUGAAUCAACCACAAAGUCCACCAACAGUUGCUACACCACAUACGCCGGCUGCACGUGGCAAUGAUAUGUGGCCAUGUACACAAUACCAGGCUCCGCCUCCAUAUCCAAACAAUUACCAUCAAAAUGGACAAUACGCAUCGAAUGCAACGCAAAUGCAAUGCAACUACAACAAUGGCUACGCUAGCUCAAUGAACUAUGGAAUGAUGAAUUAUGGUGGUGUGAAUGCAUGCACCCAAACGCCUGGCUACUACCACCGUACCGAUCGAAGUGCCAUGAAUUGUUGUCAAUUGCUUCGUGCUCUUCAAAUCAGUGAUGAUACCAACAAGUUCGACAAUGGAAUUAAACAAAGUGGCAUGCAAAUGAAUCGAUCGUCAAUGAACAAUCAAACCGAAUUGAAUCAAAUGACCGGUGAAAUUCAGUGCAAAGAUAUUAGCCAAUCACAAAUGUCACCUGUUGUGCAACCACAAAGUGUUCAAACGCCACCACCUCGAAUACAACAGCAGCAACAACGACAACAACAACAACAGCAGCAACGACAACAACAACAACAACAGCAACCACAACCACAGCAACAACAACAACAACAAAUGACCAAUUUGUAUGCGACACAAAUACCUAUGCAAAUGUCAAACAAUACACAAACGAACAGUGCAAUUCCGGCAACCAAUUUGAAUGUUCAACAAAGUCAACAAACUUCCAUGCGACCCGACAUUUAUCAACGAACGCUCGAGUAUGUGCAGAGUUGUCAGACGUGGACCGAACAACCCGAAACCGUUACGAGCACAUCAAACAUGCAAAUCAAUGACAUGUCAACGUCAUUAAGCUCACUUCUCGAAGAGAAUCGUUACUAUAAUUCAGUUUUAUGAACUUCCAAUAAAAACAAACACACACAGACAAUAAUUAAUUUACAAAAUCGAAUGAAUUAGCUUUAGAAAUGAAUGAAACGCGAUAUAUCGAUAUAUUUAAUAGAGUUAUUAAUUGCCAUUUUGCCAAUUGAAUCGAAUUAAGCAUUAAGAAGUAAUUUUAUUUUCGAACGAAUAUUUAUCUUUUAAGACAUAACAUAGUAUAAUUUUAACAUAAUAAGAGACGUUUAAUUUUAGUUGAAAAACCGCAAACAGAAUGUGCCUAUAUUUUUUCACUAGAUCAAGAACGCAAUUGAAAUGGAUGACCAUAAAUAAAUGCCUUACUAAAAGAAACUACUUAAUUUAAAAUGUUUAAGCAACAAAGAGAAGAAAAUCACGACAAACAAUUUUGAACAGAAUAAUUAAGUUACUUACGCUUUGAAAUUUACUCUUUUGUACAAAAAAAAGGUAGGGAAAAUAAUGUUUUGACCGUUUUUUCUCUCAGAUUUUAUAUGAUAGAUAAUGUGAUCUAAAUAUGUGAAGAUGCCAGAAAAUUAUUUGACUUGGUAAAACGAUGUUUUUUUUUUUAAAUAAAAGUUAGCAAAAUUUAGUAAUAAAUCCUAUUUUGAUGUAUAAGUGAAGUGCUCUAGAGAUUUAAACAAAAAAAAACUAUUUACACACAAUUCAGUGAAGAAAAUUAAAAAAAUCCCAACGCAAGCGAUGACAAAUCAAUGAUUAACGCAAUUUUAUCACUUAAACUAAUUCGUAAAUAUAAAAUGUAAGUGAUUGUAAACAAUUUGUUCGACUUAAUUUUCUGUUACUUCCUUUUUUUAUUUCGAAAAUGAGAGAAAGUGAAAAACAAUAACAAACGAUCUUCGCAUUUUAAUCUAUACAUAGUUUUUUUCUAUCGACAGACUUUGUUUCCUACUUUCUAGUUUUUAAAAGAGACUUAAUAGUUUGACUAGAUGCAAAUUCAGAUUUUUUUCGCACGAAAUUUUAGCAUUUAAUCAUUCGACGGUAGCAUAGUUUUUUUUUGCUCAAAAGAUUCAGAUUUUAUUUUUUAUUUUCGAUUGUUUUUAAGACAUAACUAAAUGAUGUAGUGUUAAAUUUUUUUUUUAAGAAAAAUGUGAAUCCAGCGAGAGACACAUUCGUAUCUCAGAUUAUCGAAAUAAAUAACAAUAGUCUUUUUACAAUUAAACAUUUCGAACUAUGGACAAUCGUGUAAGGCGCAACAAAUUAUCUCAAUAAAUGAAUAUUUUUCAUCCUAA